CGGAAGGAAGUGCAUCCAGUGUCCGAUCGAAUAGUAGGUAGUCUAGCAGCAGCAGCAGCAGCUCGAUCCAGUUUUGUGUGGCUACAAGAAAAAGGAAGAGUCCCGUCUCUCUCCUUUUGUCCUUCUAUCCCACCCACCCCCCCACCCCAACAUACCAAAAACCUCCCUAUCUUCCCACCCGGGCAACAAUGGUGUCGUUCAAGUUUGUGUGCGCGGUAGUGUGCGUGCUGGCGGUGGCCGGCCGAGGAUAUGCCGCCGAGGACGGUACGGUCCGUGCCCUGCGCAAAGUGUACUCGCUGUGCGAGGAUAGUGACGAGCUGCUGAAGUGCAUCAAGGUGCAGGCCCUCAAGCUGACCGAUCGGGCGAUCAAGCUGCCGAGCAUCAAGCUGCUCGACGGUAUGUCGAUCGUGAAGAAAGCGGACGGCGGCGAAUCGAGCACCCGCGCCCUGAACGAACCGACGCUCGGCGAACACGACCUGGCCAAGCUGUCCUCGGCCAAGAUCGACGAGCUGCUGUUCCAGCGGGCCCAGCGCUUCAUGGACGGACACCAGCUGCAGCUGAACGUGCCGCGUAUGCUCGCCUCGGGCCAGCAGGAAACCGGCCGCCUGGUCGAGGAGGGCCGCAAGAAGAUGAAGAAAUACCUCGGACCAUUCCUCGCUGCAAUGGCUAUCAAGGGAGGUAUCCUGACCAUGGUCUACCACUCGAUCGCCAUCGUCGCCGGCAAGGCGCUCAUCAUCGGCAAGAUCGCCCUCGUCAUCUCCGCCAUCAUCGGUCUGAAGAAGCUGGUCACGCCGGAGGGCCAUGAGAAGACGACGUACGAGAUCGUGAAGCACCCGCACGUCCAGCAGAGCCACACCUACUCGUCCAACCACGGUGACUUCGACACGCACGAGGCUGGCCAGUUCCACCGCAGCUUCGGCAACUCCGUCGACAUGGUGAUGCAGGACCGCGCCUACCGUGCCCACGUCCCGAAGAACUAAGCCACCCGGUGGCCACGUCCAGUGACUGUGUGGAUGUUGAUGACGACGACUAAACCUACACCCGAGACCCCCCCCUUCGAUUGAGAAAUGAAACCCUGGCCAUAAACGCACCAACAACUACGAAACCAUUGUGUCGCCGAACGGAAGGAAUGGAGCAGCGGCAGAGCUUCGACGCGCGAACGCUCGUCCAGUCCAGCCACCUUUGGCUGCCUGCAGUGGGUGGGGGACUGGUCACCAGAACACGACGAGCGUUAAUCCAGGGAUCCAAUCAACUAAACCAAGGAAUUGCUGCGGUCUUCAUCCGGCGAGGUGUUCCUGAACCCUUAUCUGAUGGAGUUGCACACAGUUCAACGUGCGCCAAGCAAACCUAAACAUCUCCGCCAACUCCUUCCAAUCAGUCAAACGUACACAAACACUACACUACACACCCUGGAUUCUACAGCAUACAAUAACAACACACUCACACAAAAACACAUCCCCCCCACUCAUACACCACUCGACAAGGCGCGGAAGCGAAUCUGCCAUGGCGCAAAAGGGUUUAUGUGUUUUGUAUUUAUAUAAUUAAUUUAAAUUAUUUAUUUAUUAAACCUUGCCGUCCUCACCUUCAAUCCCCCCAACAAUCAACGCCCUUCUCAUCAGAGGCUUGCGUUGCCCGGGGCUCGUCAGGUGCAUUGUAUGGCUUGGCGUGACCACGGGCAACCGGGAACCGGGCGAAUCCUUUGUCGUCUUCUUCCAUUUCCGCGAGCAGAUGUUGAAAAGUGUAAUUAAAAUUCCCCAAACAAAUCGAGCAAAAUAAAGAAUUAUCAUUCAAAA